UUAUUGAACAUCCAAGGUUAUUUUUCUGACUCUGAUUCAAAAAUAAAUGAUUAUUCGCUUCGUUUGAUGAGCAAACCAUUUCUGGAUUAUGUUAAGAAAAGGAUAGAAGGAGAAAUUCAAAAAAUUAAAAAAAACUUUCUUGGUGGUAGCACUAAAGAAACUAGAGAAGAAUAUGUAGAGCAAGUAAUGUCUUUUCCUUGGACACAAGUUAGUCCUGAAAAUAGCAAUUUAAAAGAAAUAAAGCAAGCCUUAGACAAAAAACAUUUUGGAAUGGAAAAGGCAAAAAAAACAAUUAUCAGAUAUUUAGCAGCUAAAAAACAGGCUGGAAAAAAUCUUGGGAUAGGAAAAACUUCUAUUGCCGAAUCUAUUGCGGAAGCACUAGGUCGACCAUUUGAGCAGAUUUCCCUAGGUGGUGUUCAUGAUGAAGGAGAAAUCCGUGUAAUUAGUGUUGAUGAAAUUGAAAAAAUGGGUAAAAGUGAACAUCAUGGAGAUCCUGCUGCUGCUUUUGUAAUCCUUGAUCCAGAACAAAAUGAAAAAUUUAAUGAUCAUUACAUCGAAUUACCAAUAAUUGAAAUACCUUCCUACACUAGAAAUGAUAAACAAGUGAUUGCCAAAAAAUAUUUAAUUCCUAAAUUAUUAAAAAAAUAUAACCUUACCAAAGAGCAAUUAAAUUUUGAUAGUUCGGCUAUUCAAGAAAUUAUUGAUCAUUAUACUUGGGAACCUGGAAUACGGAACUUGGAAAGAAAACUUGUAGAUAUUAUUUCUGAAUUUAUUAUAAAAAAAGUGCAAGGAGAAUUAGAAACUGAAAAUAUUACUUCAGAAAAGGCUAAAGAGUAUUUAGGCAAACCCCCACUUCAAGAUCAAGAUGAGGUUGAUUAUGAUAAACCUGGAAUAGCAAAUGGUCUAAGUGUUUAUAAUCCAGAAAUAGGAGGAAGAAAUGUUUUACCAAUUCAAACAACUUUUUAUCCCGUAAACAAAGGAGAGACUAUCAUUACUGGCAAUUUAAAAAAAACCAUGAAGGAAUCAGUUAAGAAUGCAAUUUCCUAUGUCAAGGCUAAUGCCAAAAAUCUUGGUAUUCCAAAUUCUUCUGAUUUUGAGAAAAACAAUGUUCAUAUUAAUGUAUCCAAAGGUGGUAUUCCUAAAUACGGUCCUAGUGCAGGAACUGCUUUUACCAUAUCUAUCAUUUCUGCUUUAACUAAAAAAAUAAUCGAUAAGGAUAUCGGCAUGACAGGUGAAAUUGAUAUUAACGGAAAUAUUUCACAGAUUGGUGGAUUGCAAGAAAAAAUUAAUGCUGCUCAUCAAAAAGAAUUUAAAGUAGUUUUCAUUCGCAAAAGCAACAAAAAAGAUUUAGAAGAUAUUCCAGACGAAGUGAAAAGCAAAAUGAAACCUAUUCUUGUAAAAAAUUGUGGGGAAAUUUGGGAAGAGAUAAAGAUAAGGGGUUGA